AUGCUUUACAGCCCAGGGUUCCAGUACUGGGAAAAGAAGUCCCCACAACUUCAGGCUGUAAAAAUCAGUGGAGAUUCCUCAAGACCAGCACUAGUGGCAGUAAGCCUUGUUUCAAGGCUUGGCCGUCUCUUGUCCCAUGAGCGUACAGUUCCCUAUGAAGCCUGCCUCACACAGCUUUUCUUCUUUCACCAGUUGGUUGGUGUGGACUGCUUCCUGUUGACAGCCAUGGCUUAUGACCGAUUCCUGGCCAUCUGCCGGCCCCUCACCUACAGCACCCGCAUGAGCCGAACGGUCCAGAGGAUUUUGGUGGUUGCAUCCUGGGCUUGUGCCUUCACCAAUGCACUGACGCACACUGUAGGCAUAUCCACGCUCAACUUCUGUGGUCCCAAUGUGAUCAAUCACUUCUACUGUGACCUCCCCCAGCUCUUCCAGCUUUCCUGCUCCAGCACCCAACUCAAUGAGCUGGUGCUCUUUGCUGUUGGUUUCAUAAUGGCAGGUACCCCUAUGUUUCUCAUUGUCACCUCCUAUAUCCAUGUGGCAGCUGCAGUUCUACGAAUCCGCUCAGUGAAGGGCAGGAAGAAAGCCUUCUCCACAUGUGGCUCCCAUCUCACUGUGGUUACCAUAUUCUACGGUUCAGGUAUCUUUAACUACAUGCGACUAGAUUCAGCCAAGCUUUCAGAUAAGGAUAAAGCUGUUGGGAUUUUUAACACCGUCAUUAACCCCAUGCUGAAUCCAAUCAUCUAUAGCCUCAGAAACCCUGAUGUGCAGGGUGCCCUUUGGCGUGUGCUCACCGGGAGGCAGUCACUGGCUUGA